AGUCGUCGUCCGGCCCCGGACCCGCGGUUUCCCGGCCCCGAGGAGGGUCGCAAACCGGCCGCGUCCGGUCCCCGGCUCCCCGCCCCCCACGCCCAGCCUCAGCCUCCGGCCCCUCGGCCUCGGCCGUGCCCUCUGCCGAUGAAUGAGUGGCCGAGGCCGCCGGGCCUGGGGCCGAGCCGAGGCCCCGCCCCUCGCAGCCCCUCAGAGGGGAGAGGGGAGGGGACGUUGGGCCGCCCCCGCCCCGCCCCCACCUCGCCCGGCAGCGACAGCGGCCGCCCUGGCCCGCUGACCGCCGGGCAGGGCUCCCCCAGGCCACAGGACAGAGGCCAAGGGCCGGCUGGUGUCCCUGGCGGCGUCUGGGGCGGCCCACGGGCCCCAGGCCUCUGCUCGGAAGGACCUCGGACCCACGCUGAGAGCUCUGAAGCCUUGGGGCUGCCCGGGCUGCCUGGGCAGAAUGUCACAAUGGACGAGGGGGGCACACCCCUGCUCCCUGACAGCCUCAUCUACCAGAUCUUCCUGAGCUUGGGCCCAGCGGACGUACUGGCCGCCGGUCUGGUGUGCCGCCAGUGGCAGGCCGUGUCCCGGGACGAGUUCCUGUGGAGGGAGCAGUUCUACCGCUACUACCAGGUGGCCCGAGACGUGCCCCGGCACCCAGCGGCCACGUCCUGGUACGAAGAGUUUCGGCGGCUUUAUGACACGGUGCCCUGUGUGGAGGUCCAGACGCUCAGGGAGCACGCGGACCAGGUUCUGCACCUCAGCUUCUCCCACUCGGGCUACCAGUUCGCCUCCUGCUCCAAGGACUGCACCGUCAAGAUCUGGAACAACGACCUGACCAUCUCGCUGCUGCACAGCGCGGACAUGCGGCCCUAUAACUGGAGCUACACCCAGUUCUCCCAGUUCAACCAGGACGACUCGCUGCUGCUGGCGUCCGGGGUGUUCCUGGGGCCCCAUAACUCCUCGUCGGGUGAGAUCGCAGUCAUCAGCCUAGACAACUUCGCUCUGCUGUCGCGAGUGCGUAACAAGCCCUACGACGUGUUCGGCUGCUGGCUCACGGAGACCAGCCUGAUCUCGGGGAACCUGCACCGCAUCGGGGACAUUACCUCCUGCUCAGUGCUCUGGCUCAACAACGCCUUCCAGGACGUGGAGUCAGAGAACGUCAACGUCGUGAAACGCCUCUUCAAGAUUCAGAACCUCAACGCCAGCACCAUCCGCACAGUGAUGGUGGCCGACUGCAGCCGCUUUGACAGCCCUGACCUCCUGCUGGACGCCGGCGCGCCCCCCGGCCGCGUCUUUGACCUGGGCAGCGACAGUGAGGACGAGGCGGGAGGCCCGAGCCCAGGGCCGGCUCCGGCCCGCACCAAGGACGGUUUCCGGCGCUUCUUGGAUGGGCUCCUGGAUGGGCGGGCGCAGCCCCAGCUGUCGGAGCACGCGCUGGAGACCAAAGUGGCGGAGCUGCUGGCCCAGGGCCGCACCAAGCCCCCCGAGCACAGCAUGGCCGACGCCCACAAGCUGCUUAUCUUCACCACGGGCUGCCUCACCUACUCACCACACCAGAUCGGCGUCAAGCAGAUCCUGCCACACCAGAUGACCACAGCUGGGCCUGUGCUGGGCGAGGGCCGGGGCUCGGAUGCCUUCUUUGAUGCCCUGGACCACGUCAUCGACGUGCACGGACACAUCAUCGGCAUGGGCUUGUCCCCAGACAACAGGUACCUGUACGUCAACAGCCGGGCCUGGCCCAGCGGCUCCGUGGUGGCCGACCCCAUGCAGCCACCGCCCAUCGCAGAGGAGAUUGACCUGCUGGUGUUUGACCUCAAGACCAUGCGGGAGGUGAAGCGGGCUCUGCGGGCGCACCGCGCCUACACGCCCAACGAUGAGUGCUUCUUCAUCUUCCUGGACGUCAGCAGGGACUUCGUGGCCAGCGGGGCAGAGGACCGGCAUGGCUACAUCUGGGACCGGCAUUACAACAUCUGCUUGGCUAAGCUGCGGCACCAGGAUGUGGUCAACUCGGUGGUGUUCAGCCCCCGAGAGCAGGAGCUCCUGCUGACGGCCAGCGACGACGCCACCAUCAAAGCCUGGCGCUCUCCCCGUACAGUGCGCAUCCACCAGGCCCCGCGUCCGCGUCCCUACCCUUUUAUCUCCUGGUUUGGCAGCCAAAGGCGCUGAGAGGGGCACUGGCCGACAGGAGUGUCCUGGGGCUGCUGGGACCCACUGAAGAUGGCACAGAGGCCUGCAGCCUUUUCCCGAGGGCCCCGACCGUGUGGCGGGCAGACACGCUCGGGACAGUCAAGCCUUAGACGGGGGUCCAGCAGGACCGCCGGGAGGGGACGGCCUGCCCGCCCCCCACGCUCACACCACACACCGCCUCCCACGGCUGUGACCUUCAGCGCGGGGGCUGCCCCCUGGGCUGGCUUGGGAUGCACUGGACACUGGGCCCUGCCCUUCCCCCACCCUCUUCCCCCAGGGCCUGUGCCCUGCGACCGUCAGCAGCACACGUAUCCUUCGGUCGGGCCUCCUCUGGGAACUCCUUUGCUCACCAGCAGGGCCGGCGGCGCAGGUCAGUGUGCCGUGGGCCCAGGCAAACUGCAUGUCACUGGUCACCCGUGCGGGCCUGAAUAAACAGUUGCCAAUAGCA